AUGUUAGAAAAUUCAAAACAUGAUACUUCAAGACGAAAUCUCGCAAGUCGUAAACCGAAGAAAUCGCAAGGCUUACCACAUAAUAGAGUUCCGUCAACGAUCGAAUCACCUGCACCUGUUUGCUAUGCUGAUUAUACAGCUCCUCUUGUUCACGUAAUGUUUGCUGGUGGUAUUGGUGGUUCUACAGCUGAUUUUUUAAUGCACAGUAUAGAUACUGUAAAAACUAGAUUACAAGGUCAAAGACCGGCAAAACCUUUAAAAUAUCAAAAUAUGUUGCAUGCUUACAUUACAAUAUUCAAACAAGAAGGAAUUACACGUGGAUUGUAUAGUGGAGUGACCCCUGCCAUUUUGGGUUCCGUGCCGGCAACAACAAUUUAUUUUGGAACAUAUGAGCUUACAAAGCGUAAAUUAACUGCAAUAGGAAUACCAGACACUGUUGCGCAUUUGACGGCUGAUGUAAUGGCAUCUUCUGUAUACGUUCCUUCAGAGGUUUUGAAGACUCGUCUGCAGCUGCAAGGCCGAUACAAUAAUCCACACUUUUUUAGUGGAUACAAUUAUAAAAAUACUUGGCAUGCUGCACAAACGUUAUAUAAAUAUGAAGGCCCCGGUGCAUUUUAUCAUGGAUAUAAAGCAACUUUAUUACGUGAUGUGCCUUUUUCGGCAUUACAAUUUGCUUUUUAUGAAAAAUUUAAAUUAUGGGCAACAUUAUAUACAAAUACUAUUAAUCAAGAAAAUCAAUUAAAUCUUAAAUGGGAAAUUGCAACUGGCGCAUUUGCGGGUGGUUUAGCAGGCGCUUUAACAACACCGUUAGAUGUUAUGAAAACGCUACUACAAACUCAAGUACAAAAACACGUUAAAGCAAAACAAUCAAUUUCUUCUAAGCAAACAGCCACUGUUCCUCCUCAAAAUGUGACAAAAUAUACUCAUUAUUAUACUGGUAUAUGGGAAGGAAUGAUAUGGAAUUAUAAAAAUUAUGGACUUAAAGGACUAUUUAGUGGAAUUGGUCCAAGAGUUGCCUGGACUGCAAUGCAAAGUGGGAUAAUGUUUGUUAUUUAUGAGCAAGUACUAGGAUUGUUGGUUAAUGACAUUUCGUACUAA